AUGGAUCAGAAUUUCUCAACGGUUCAAGAUGGCAAGCAGCUGCUACCAGAGAGAGACUCGUCCAAACGUGUGCUGACGGGAUGCUUCCUCUUCCUCCUCAUCUUCACCACGCUGCUAGGCAACACACUUGUGUGCGUUGCCGUCACCAAGUUCCGACACCUAAGGUCGAAGGUCACCAACUUUUUUGUCAUCUCGCUGGCCAUCUCCGACCUUCUGGUAGCUAUCUUGGUUAUGCCGUGGAAGGCGGCGACUGAGAUCGUCGGGUUUUGGCCGUUUGGUGCUUUCUGCAACGUAUGGGUGGCGUUUGACAUCAUGUGCUCCACUGCCUCCAUCUUGAACCUGUGUGUGAUUAGUGUAGACCGUUACUGGGCCAUCUCAAGCCCAUUCCGCUAUGAACGCAAGAUGACCCCAAAAGUGGCAUGUCUGAUGAUAAGUGUGGCGUGGACCUUGUCGGUCCUUAUCUCCUUCAUUCCUGUUCAGCUUAACUGGCACAAAGCUCAGACCACCAGCUACGCAGAGCUAAAUGGAACAUACAUCGGCGAUCUGCCCCCUGACAACUGCGACUCCAGCCUUAACAGGACCUACGCCAUCUCCUCCUCUCUUAUCAGCUUCUACAUUCCUGUGGCUAUUAUGAUCGUCACUUACACCCGGAUCUACCGCAUUGCCCAGAAACAGAUACGGAGAAUAUCUGCCCUGGAACGGGCAGCAGAGAGUGCCAAAAACCGUCACAGCAGCAUGGGGAAUAGUUCGAGCAUAGAGAAUGAGAGUUCAUUCAAAAUGUCGUUCAAACGAGAAACCAAAGUCUUAAAGACGCUCUCAGUCAUCAUGGGAGUGUUUGUGUGCUGCUGGUUGCCCUUCUUCAUCCUUAACUGCAUGGUUCCGUUCUGUGAGCCGGACGGUGCCACGGACUUGCCCUGCAUAAGCUCGACCACCUUCGAUGUGUUUGUGUGGUUUGGCUGGGCAAAUUCCUCGCUUAACCCCAUCAUCUAUGCCUUCAACGCCGACUUCCGCAAGGCCUUCUCCAUCCUCCUGGGCUGCCACCGGCUCUGCCCGGGGAGCAACGCCAUCGAGAUCGUCAGUAUUAACAACAACAUGGGCGCCCCUACCUCGAACCCCAACAAUCAGUAUCAGCCCAAGGGUCACAUUCCAAAGGAGGGCAACCAUUCAGCCAGCUAUGUGAUCCCCCACAGCAUCCUGUGUCAGGAGGACGAGUUACAGAAGAAGGAUGGAUGCGGAGGGGAGAUCGAGGUGGGCAUGGUAAACAACGCCCUGGAGAAACUCUCCCCAGCUAUCUCUGGGAAUUUAGACAGUGAUACUGAGGUCACACUGGAAAAGAUCAAUCCCAUAACACAGAAUGGACAGCAUAAAACCGCGUCAUGUUGA